UACUUAAACCUUAACGACUUUGGCCAUCCACCCAUUAUUGCUAUACAUUCUGUGUUCGCCUGCCCAGUUUGGACAUCCCGGCAUCAGAGGACAGAGAUAUGUCUUGGCAUCCUGCAAGUCCGAUCAACAUUGAGGAGGGCUACCGCGACCUCGAAGCGACGCCUCCUCGUUCGACCACAAACUCCACAGAAGAUGUGGCGCCACUACCUGCUUCUACACCACCCACGCAAGUCCAGCAGGCGUCCAGAAGAAGGGGCGCCACCGGUGCUGGAGGUGGGGACGUUGCUGAAGGCAACGAAUUCACCGGAGAUGAGGAUGGCGACGCUGCGCAACAAGCUCGUCUUCACAUGCACGUCGCCAUUGACAUGGCUGCGUUGCAGCAGGCGGCUGCUCUUACGGGGGAAAACGCACCUACUGAGUCGGUCAAUAACAGAGGACUCGUCAUCCUGUGGUCACCGUACUGUCCUAGCGUCGAUGGAGGGCCGGCUAGAUAUAUUGUCACCGUAGGCACUGCAAACCAUGCGGGGCCACCUACACCAUCGUUCUUGCAGGUGAAGCACUCAAGGAAUUACGCCAAGCUGCUGCUGGCGCUCUUUGGCGUUUGUCUUUCCGCGUGCUCCGCGACGUUCCCCGUCGUGAAGCAGGCUGCUCCCGACGGGCUCCUGGUCCUCGCCUACGGCCUGCUGGUGGCGCUCGCCCUCGUGCUGCUGGCCGGCCUCCUCGCGACCUCCUUCGACAGGUCCCCCAGCUCGGCGAUCUGGGGCAGGUACGCCCUGCAGCUCGCGCUCGGCCUAAUCAUUGGCUUCCUCACCUGGUCGGUCUGCUCCCUCAAGCACGGGCCAGGUUUCGACGUCGCCGUCGGGAUCGCAGGCGCGCUGGCGUACAUCGCGGUCGUGCUUCUCUUCCACACCCGCAAGUGGUGAUCGCAAGUUUAUAUUGGGAUGCAUGCUCCUUUUCCAUAAGGUCUUGUUCAGAAUAAAUGAAUACAAAAUAGAGAGAUGGUAGGAAGAGUGUUAGCAGCCUAAGACUGUCAAGCCGUGAAGACUCUGGUGGCGAUGGGCCGCGACGGGGACUUCGUGAUCCCAGCUCCAGGAUUGCCAGCCCACAAUGGGUCCACGAGUGGCGGCGUGUGCGUGUGUCUCGCCUGCGAGCGAGAGGAAGAGAUAAACUCAUGUAAUGCUCGGAAUAAGACCUUUCCGAUAAAGAUUCAUUCAUUUUAUCGGACGUUUCCAUCCUAAUGUCCGCUCGUAAAACCUUUCCGUGACUUCUAGUUCCAAGAUUCUUUGAGUAACUGUUCAUCUUCCAAACAGCCCCACCUCACCUCGCCCUCCUAUAGCUAAAAAAUCAGCCGCGCUGCCUGCACGCCUAGGUCGUGGUUGCACCGAGGGAGGAGAGGAAGAGGAUGAGGAUGGAGGCGGCGUGGGAGGCAAAGAAGGCGCAGUAGAGGAAGCAUCGAGGUGGGCCUCCCGCAGCGCGACGCGACACGCCAGCAGGUCCUCCUCCUUGACCCACUGCUUCAGCAGCAGCCGGUGGGUCCUGCUCGCCGUGAUCUGGCUCAGCGGGUGCUGCUACUGCCGCGCCUCCGCGGCGGUGGCGGCGGAGACGACGAGGGCGCUAGACUCGACCAUGGGCGGCGGCGCUCGGGUCCGUCGAGCGGUUCGCGUGCGCGGCGGCUAGGGACGGGAGGGAUAUGGAGAGGGGAAUUUGUGGUUCACUGCUUUUUUUUUUAAUAUGCGGUUUACAUUCUUGAAUUAUCGUCAAAAUCUGAUUCUCAAAUAAAAUUGGAUAAGAGAGACCAUCCAACUGUCAAAAGCGGGCAACACCUUUAGUGUAGUUUCGAAAUUGAUUUUCUAUUUUGUGAAAAUUAAAAAUUUUCAAAUUUGAACUUAAAAAUUCAUAAAUAAUUCAUUUCAAAUCCGAAAAAUACGUAAUGAAUAUAAUUUUUUUUAAAAAAUGUAACAUAUCUACUGGCACUGUACUUGUCAGUUAUUCAUAUCCAUUUUUUAUAUUCAUAGUUUUUUGUUGCUUGUAGUUAUGAAAGACUGAAAUAGAGCAAUAAUACACAGGUUACAUUUUUUGAAAAAUUUUGGUACUAGUUUCAUAUUUUUCUGAUUUAAAAUGAAUUAGUUUUGAUUUUUUAGAUCUAAUUAGAAUUUUUUAAUUUUUUUAAAUUAUAAAACCACCUUCGAAACCACGCUAAGGGCCAAAUUUGCCCGGUUUCAACAGUUGGAUAGCCUCUCUUAUCUGGUUUUGUAGUUUAAGGUUAAAAAUCGGAUUUUUGUCAUAGUUCAAUGGUGUAAACCAGAUUUUUUCCUUUUUUGUAUUUUAUAUUGAAUGGUUGAUUCUGAAAUAUUGCAAUAAGUAGUUUUGUUAUGUUUUACUUGUUGA